GUGACCAAAGAAGGCGGAGCAGCUCGGAUCAGUUGAGAAAAGGAACGAAGCCUCUUCUCAUCUUCCAAGAACUUGGGUGGCCGCUCAACUUCUCGUGCACGCCGUUCUGCUCCACGUUCAUGGGCCAUUCUCUUGCCGCGGCCGAUAUGGGUCCCUGCUUGACUGGCGGCAUCUCUUUCGGCACCGCGGAUAAUGAUAUGGGGGUUUGAAGGCGAAGUGUCGGCACCGGGAUCAUCCUUUUCUUCUCACCUUCCACUGACCGCUCGGCUUCUCGAGCACACCUCACGACUCCACCUCCCUGGGCCUAGCGUCAUUGUCUCGCGUGUUGCCACCGAUGCGAGACUCUUCUGAGCUGGCGCCAUCUCUUUCGGCACCGCGGAUAUGACGCCCGUGGCAACGCUCGGGCGCAAAGCGUGGGGCCUGGCUGUCUGUCUCCGAGUUCUAUCCCGCUGAAUCAUGGAAGAGGAACGAACCUCGCGACUCGACUCGCGUGCUGGUGCAUAUGGGCGGGGGGAGAUUUCACAUGCUCAUGCGCUGGGCCGUGGCGUCUAUCCAGUUCAACGCGAGCGACCGAGCAUAUGACGCGAAGAGCGCCAUCGACAACCACACUCGUAUAAAAUCCAGAGGAUCUCCAGGGUAGGAGUCCCAAGGUCCCAUCUCGGUAUCCUCCCAGCUUCUCGGACAAGCAUCGCUCAAAAUGGUCUUCGCCUCUGCCCUCGUCUCGCUCCUCCUCGCCGCCGCUGCUCUCGCAGCCCCGCGCAGCAACGUCGAAGGCCGCCAGGCCCGCCGCCGCAUGUCCGGCCCGCGCCUCCCGACCGAGGGCCCCCACGCGAACUUGAUCUCCAACGCGACCUCCCACGUCGCGUACAGCCAGAACUGGGCCGGCGCCAGCCUCGAGAGCCCCUCGGGCACGUACACGUCCGUCACCGGCACGUUCACCGUCCCGACGCCCCACUCUGCCGGCGGGUCGGGCAGCUCCGCGGCCUCGGCGUGGGUCGGCAUCGACGGCGACACCUGCUCGAGCGGCAUCAUGCAGACUGGCAUCGACUUCAACGUCGACAACGGCCGGGUCUCGUUCGAUGCCUGGUACGAGUUCUACCCCGCGUUUGCGAGCGACUUCUCCGGGUUCUCCGUCAGCGCGGGCGACGUGAUCACCCUCGUUGCGACCAAGACGUCAUCGACCUCCGGCCAUGUGUCGAUCACGAACGAGUCCACCGGCCGCAGCGUGUCCAAGACGCUCUCGGGCAGCGGCAGACUGUGUGGGGAGAACGCGGAGUGGAUCGUCGAGGACUUUGAGCAGGGAAACUCGCUCGUGCCGUUCGCUAACUUCGGCACUGUCACGUUCUCUAACGCCAGGGCGACGCUCGCGUCGGGUGGAACGGUCGGACCGAGCGGCGCGCAGCUGCUUGACAUUGAGCAGAACAGCGUGCUUACGUCCGUCAGCGCGUCCGGCAGCUCUGUGACCGUUCGCUACGUUUGAGCGCGGAGAAUCAAUGAGGGGCACGUAGUCUUUACUUUCCUGUAAGGAGUCUACAGCGUCCUCGUCACAAGAGCCAAUCAAUCGGAAUGUAUUGUCGAGAAACAGUGACUUGGUGUUUCCGGUCUGAAUGAGCAGUCAGUCAUCCAAGCCUUGCCGCCUCCGAAGGGGGGAGUUGAGUCUGUGAUCCUCUGAAUUGCCUAUCUCACUGCAUUCCCAGGUGGGCUAGACCCCGUGGGGAAGAUACCGGGAGAGUGAUGUCCGAGGGUGGAGCGAGCUGAGUCUAGAAGGGUCCAGACGUCUAGUCCCCGGGGGGCUAUGCCAGUAGCCCACGUGCAGGGUUGACCGCAGGAGAGCCGUGUCCUGAUUGAGUAGACCCCGUGGCGGCCACAUGUGUCUAGCGGCAUCGCCUCUGAUCGCUCACGUUUAGCCCACGAGAGCCUAGCAAUGGCCAGCUCCCUCGAUCCUUGCUAGCUAAACUCUAACACAACAAUGUAGCCUUCAAAUGAUAUUCCAAGCAGUUUUUUCUCUCAUUUCCCGCAGUCUAAAAGUGCGGAAAUGGGCAGGUAUGAACGAUCUGGAGGUGGAGGUGUCGACGCGGGAAAAGACGGGGGGGCUAGACAUGUCCGAGUCUUGUCCGAUCAGUGUCGACUGAUGCAGGCCCCGUUCGGCCCACGCUAGACACCAAUCGCCCCCGGAGGGGCUCCACCACUCGUCCCCCACUCGGGGGCUAGCGGGGGCUACUUGACUCGCCCCCAGCGGGGUCUAUCCCGCCUGGGAAUGCAGUGUCUGUUUCUCCUUCUCAAGGCAGCUCUGAUCAGCAGUAACUUUCCUGCUUAAGCUCUGCCCGUGUCCCGUGGGGAUGGCCGAUAGUCAAGCAUAUGACAUGCGCUAACUCGAGGAAGAGCUCAGAUGAAAGGCUGCAGUUGCCAAAGUCACGAGGCGAACAAGAUCUGGAUCGGGCACACCAGUGAUGGGACCUUCCCACGACACCGCCUCGUAUAGCCACUGAUGAGCACAUGCUGAUUCUGUAUCAGAUCAUGUGCAUAUCUUGUGCAAUGAGCCAUUGACCACUGCACA